AUGGAUGAUAGAAUCAGCGAACUCCCUGAUGAUAUUCUUCAACACAUCCUCUCCUUUAUCGACACAUGUGAAGUUGUACGAACUUCCAUUCUCUCCAAGAGAUGGAAACACCAGUGGCGUUUCCUCCUCAACAAGGAAGACAGAAUAACCCAAUUGCCGGUUGAUAGAACAGAUGAUCUUCGGCGAGAUUUGCUAACUCGAGGACCCUAUCACUUUGUCUCCGAAUUCCUCUCUCACCGCGACGCUGCUGCUCCCCUUCACGACUUCCACCUCUCACUCGACACCAAUCUUUGGGUCCGUAAAGAUUUGGCACUCGUGGAGGAAUGCGUGCUCUAUGCCAUCAAUCAGGGCGUUCAAUCCCUCCGCCUCCACGUGCCCAAAGAUGUACCUCUGAGGCUUCCCGCCUCGCUUUUAACAUCCACGAUGCUGCGGGAGCUCGUGAUCAGGCAGAAACACCAGGAUUCGAGGGUUCGUAUACCAGCACGGUUUUCUUUGCCAAAUUUGAAAACCCUUUACCUUGACGUCGAUUUGUCCUUCAACUAUGAUGACUGGAUGGAGCCUUUUUCUGGCCUCCCGGAGCUCGAGAAACUUUCCGUGAGAGUAUCGAAUGACUUUGUUUUAAAGGCUCCUCCCAAGCUUAGAGUUCUUGAAAUCUUUGGAACUAGUUCUCCUAUCCGAAUCGAAGUGAUUUCCGCUCCGUUGCUUACCUCGUUUAGAUACGAGGGUCUUGAACCUUUCGAAUGUUCGAAGAUGAAUCUCCCGAUGUUGGAGGAAGUCGAUUUAGACAUUCAUGGAAUUAUUUACGAAACAUUGAAAUGGAAUUGUGUUAAGUUGCUUCACCAACUUGGAAAUGCUACCAUUGUUUCACUCACUUUGAACACUCUUAUGAUUCUUGAACUGGAUGGUGGUCCCAUUGAACAAACUCCUCCAUUUCCGAACCUCAAAUGUCUCAAGGUGAGGAAAGGACUUUACUCGGAUCAUACAGUGCAUCAGAGUGUAAUGAACUAUUUGACAAUAGGAACUUUGUAUUUUGGGUCAUCAUUGAAGGUAGAGAUUCCUCGUGAUGUGGCUGUGGUUCAACAGCAUCCCCAAGUCUAUGAUCAAUUAUAA